AUGAAGAUCUUCAACUGUUUGAUGAAGUGUGGGGCGAGGAAUUUGAUUUUAUCUCUUUCUCCGUGCGUGAUUUUCCAGGGUUUUGACGUCGACUUCACGAAACUCCAUCACACAUUCGGUGCCGCAGCUGUGGAUCUGGACGACAGUUGCCUGUUUAGUGAGCCUGACACCAACCGAGGUUGGCUCGACAGGUUGUGCGGGAUGGCUAUCGCCUACUACAAGGAAAAGACGGAUACAAGUCUGGAAUAUGUCAAGGUUUUGAGAGCAAAUUUUCACCCAUCUGCUGGAAUCACACUCUACAUCACAUUCGAAGCCAAUGAUCUUUCAGAUGGUAAUCAGACCAAACUUUAUCAGGCAGUGGUUCUGUACGGCUGUUAUAUCGAAGUAUGCUCCUGCAGGCCUAAACCAUCUUGUUGAGUCUAAAGAGGUAUCAAUUAAGCCCAGAUUUACAUUGUCUCAGUAUAUUUAUAUUAACUUAGUUUGUGAUCAACCUUAUCAUUCUAUGUAGCCUGCUGCUGCAUACAACU